AUGGCUCACUGGAAGCGAUCUGUUCUUUGCCUCGUCCUCGUCCUCGCGCUAUGCACGAGCGGUGCUCUCGCGGCGAAGAAGAAACGGUCGAAAUCGAAAUCGUCGAGCGCCGCCAUCAAGAUGCCGAGCAUCGACAAGCUGCAGUUCGAAAUGGACGAGGCGAACAAGCGAGUGGCGGAGGCCGCUGGCGAAAUGGACCAGGCGAAGAAAAUCGUUGACGAAGCCGUGCAUGCGAAGAGACAGGCGGACCAGGAGCUUAGCAUGGCUCACUGGAAGCGAUCUGUUCUUUGCCUCGUCCUCGUCCUCGCGCUAUGCACGAGCGGUGCUCUCGCGGCGAAGAAGAAACGGUCGAAAUCGAAAUCGUCGAGCGCCGCCAUCAAGAUGCCGAGCAUCGACAAGCUGCAGUUCGAAAUGGACGAGGCGAACAAGCGAGUGGCGGAGGCCGCUGGCGAAAUGGACCAGGCGAAGAAAAUCGUUGACGAAGCCGUGCAUGCGAAGAGACAGGCGGACCAGGAGCUUAGCAUGGCUCACUGGAAGCGAUCUGUUCUUUGCCUCGUCCUCGUCCUCGCGCUAUGCACGAGCGGUGCUCUCGCGGCGAAGAAGAAACGGUCGAAAUCGAAAUCGUCGAGCGCCGCCAUCAAGAUGCCGAGCAUCGACAAGCUGCAGUUCGAAAUGGACGAGGCGAACAAGCGAGUGGCGGAGGCCGCUGGCGAAAUGGACCAGGCGAAGAAAAUCGUUGACGAAGCCGUGCAUGCGAAGAGACAGGCGGACCAGGAGACCGCCGCGCGCCCUCCUCAACCGUCGCGCGCCCUCCUCACCCGUCGCGCGCCCUCCUCAACCGUCGCGUGCCCUCCUUAG